UCGAACCAAUUAGAAAGCGAAAACAAGGUUUUUCUUUUCAAGGUCAAAAACGACGGAAAUAAGCGCUUCGUUUAAUUAUGCAUAUGGAGCUACUUGUUGAAAUGCAUAGCAAUCUUAGUGCGGUAUGUUAAAUUUUUUGUAAAUGCUACAAAUUCCAAUGCAGUAUCAACGAUUUCCUAAAAUUUUCAAAACUUUUUAAUCUUCAUCAGGCUCACUUUAAUGAGCGAUGUGCUAAACAGUGUAUGAAGGUUGGAAAUAUCGACGGAGCGAUCUAUUACUAUAAAAAGUCUAUUGCCUUCAUGGAGCUAACCCGGGACGAAGUUGAAGAGGGCGAUCAUGAUUAUGUAAUUAUUGAUUUACAGUUAUCAUCACUGAAACUGAGCUUAAGUGAGGCGGUAUCAAGGAAGACAGAAAUAAUAUCUGGUGACCAGAACAUUUCUUUGAAGACAAUUCCUGCUGACCAUUCAUUUUAUAACAGAAAAUCAGCUGACUCCCCGUCAUACUUACCUUUAUCCUCAAAUCAAACGUCCAAUAAAAAGGAACAAGGAGCUGCUGUUAAACUUCCUAAAACUGAAUUUCAAACACGUGAAGAAUUAGUUACCUGUAUCGAAGAACUUCGAAAACUUGUGGACAUGUUGGCAUCCCAGCUCAGUCGAGUUCGUCAAAUGCUUUCAGAAGAACGUGAACGUCGUCUUGCUAUAGAAGCGGAACUAAUAUCUUCAGGUGGUUUUAAUUAUCAAUCCAAUGAAUCCUUCACCUACCACAAUUACGAUGAUGACGAUGGUUUUGAUGAAAACAGACCAUGUGUUUUUACAGACCUCACGAAACUUACAUGCUUAAACUUUAAUACAGCUGCGCCAGAUUUAUCUAAUGACGAUUCAACUUUACGUGAACCACAUCAAGCGUCAAACUCCAAUGUGUCAGACUCAUUAGAGCCGAAAUAAUUAUAUCGUAAUUAUUGUGCAUCAUGCUGCAAUCUUUUUUGCACAGAACAUCAUUUCCGCUACGACAGCUCCCCCGGUGUUCCACUCAAUAUGAAAAAAACCAGUCGUUUCACAGCUGAUUUCCUAUAAUUAUGCUUACGGGCUAGCAAUUUAACAUGGAUCAUUUAUCGAAUGAUGGAUUUUUGUUAUCAAUGAACACUAAUGUGUUUCAUUCAAACCACUAUGUAUGCAUUUUCUGCCUUGUUUGUUCUUUUCUUUUCUACAUAUUUUUGGGUAGUAUACAGUAUGACGACGACUACAAAUCUUUUUUAUUCUACUUCCUUUAAUAUUCAGAUGAACUGUAUGAUGUCUUUCAAGCAGAGAGUAAUAAUUCAUCCAUUCCUUUGUUUUCAGCUGUUUCCAUUAACGAAAAUCGAUCUGUCUUUCAAAAAGUAUAAUAGUAAUGACUUUCAUUAUUCUCAACCUAAAAUACUGAUAAAGCUUCACAUUAUUUUUUACAUAAAAUGAUUUCGCAAAAACAUCCUACGUUUCAUUCUGUUAAAGACUUCUAAUAACUGAUUUAUCCACCCUAAAAUUGCCAUACGGUUACAAUGUAAACAGAUACUAUAUACGAACUUUCUUCAUUAAUUAAAGCGGUAAAUCCUCCCUUUAU